AUGGCUGUCGGUCUGGCUUCAAACGUGUCGCUCAACGCCGUUGACGAAGAGGCACGGGCCGAAGUUGAUGUCCUUAAUUCACGUCUGGACAAAACAGCCCAGCUCACCAAAAAGAUCCAAGUAUGCCUCGGCAGACUUGAGGCUACGGGCCAAAGCGUGCGCGAUGUGGCUGGACCAUUGAGUGGCGAGACUCGGCGAUUGCAGAUACUGGGAUCAAAUAUCGACUCCGUCAUAUCCGCAAUCGACCGCCUACGAAAACCAGCAGACAGUAAAGAUGAUGAAGAGCAGAUUAUUCGGGCUGGCCCCGAAAAGGCUGGUCUGUCCGCCUACCUGGGAUCAUUGAAUCGUAUACAGAGGUCGCAUGCCGACAUGCAAGCGUCCAAUUUGCGGGCAAAUCAAAGUACGAUGGCUGAUUUGACGCGCCUCAUCAAGAACGGAAAUACGCAACUAGAAGCAUUCUUUGACAAGCUGCUUCGUAACGAAACACCGCGAUCACUCGAGCCAUUGCAUUUUAUUACCAAAGAAAAGGAGUUCCCCGUCCUACCUCAGGAGACCAUCACGCGGCUCGGCCUCAUAUAUUCACACCUUGAAAGCAACCAAAGAGCAGCCGGAUUCGAAUCACCGAUUGCGAAAAUUUAUGCCGAAAUUCGCGGGCCAUACUUGUCAGCGUCUCUGGUUAACCUGGCAGCUGCCAGCGUAAAUACAGCGAAGAAGAAGAACCCCGGAGCCAUCUACAGAUCCGGCACUAACGGCAUCGGAACAUAUGCACUGGCAAUGGAAGGCAUGUUCGCCGCAGAGUAUGAAAACGUCUGCAGCAUAUUUGCCCGCGAAGAUUGGGGGCCUGUGUUCCAGGCUGCAUGCCAAGCUCCUCUCGCCGAGCUAGCCAGAACGUUGCGUGAACUCAACGCUCACAUUAAACAACACCUAGCAACUGAUUGCUACCUCGCCUAUGAAGUCACAGAGAUUCUUUCAAAGCUGUCUGGAAACCUAGAGACCAGAACCGGCGAACUCAAGACACAACUUGCGGCCGCUCUCAAGCCCGUGAGAGAAACAGCCAAGUCCUCACUGGCAGAACUUCUCGAGGAUACAAAACGCAAGAUUGGUGCCGUUCAAACAUUACCCAAUGAUGGUACCCCUCUCCCUAUCGUGUCAGAGACUAUGCAGCGUCUUCAAGCUAUGAUGGAGUUUCUCCGUCCUGUGGCCAGCAUUAUGUUUUCACUUGGCGACGGCGGCUGGAAGAAUGGCGCUUCCGCGCGUGGUGUGGACGCCAUCCCCAGCCUCGCAACAUUCGAUGUCACUGCUGACGGCCAACAAAUCUUCACACAUUACUGCCUCGACAUGAUAGAGGCGCUCCUCACGUCACUGGACUCGAAGAUGCGUCUCCUGAUCCGAAACAAGUCUACACAGGGCGUCUUCCUCGCCAACAGCGUAGUCAUCAUCCAGCGCUCUAUUGUGACCUCCGACCUGGCACCGCUUCUGCAACCCCGCCUCGAAGUGCUCGACCCGUGGCGUAAAAAGGCGACGCUCGCCUACACGGACGUGUGCAAAGACCUGUCUGUCUACCUCUUCGACACUAUCCACACCUCGCAGCGCGCUCGCCCACAGUCGGGCGGCCCCAUCGACUCAGCCACGGUCGUCAAGGCCCUUAGCAGCAAGGACAAGGACAAGAUCAAAGAAAAGUUUCAGCAGUUCAACAGCGCCUUUGACGACAUGGUGACUAAGCACAGGGCCUAUACCAUGGAGCGCGAGGUGCGCGGCAUGUUUGGCCAAGAUAUUCGUCAGAAGCUGCAGCCGCUGUAUGAUCGCUUCUGGGACCGCUAUCAUGAGAUUGACAAGGGCAAGGGCAAGUAUGUUAAGCAUGAUAAGACUUCUAUUGCAGCCGUAUUCGUCAGCCUCAGCACGUAA